GCCUUGGAACUGGGCGCGAGAAUCGAUUUUGCAGCCGGACGAAAAUGGCUUCGGACUCUGAGACGAGGCGCGGCGAGCAUCGAAGAUUUGACAGCGGAAGGAUUGAUUUGCCGACGAAGGAUGUGGCGCGCGAAUGUGAUGUGACGGCAAUUGCCUUGAUCGAAAUUAAAAAUGCGAGAAUCGAUGAUAUCUGUGCUGAAGCUGGACGUCGAUCCGCAGGUGAGCGUGGGGUACGCCGAGACAUUCAGGUCGGACGAGCCCUACAGGUUGCUGGAGGUAGACGAGGCUCUGCUGCAGGAGCUGCUGCACAGCGGACUGACGAUUAAAGGCGGUCGCGAGGAUGAAGCCGUUCUUUGUACUUCGAAGGCUACUUUCGCCAUGAAGUUCGUGUCGACUUCGAAUACAGUUCUUCUGGUGCCUCCGAGUCCGCGGGGCAGCGAUGGUUGCGACGCGGAAGUCGAUGAAGACUUGCCCAGAGCGGAGGUAGGGAUUGUAGCCACUGCCUCGGGGCACAUCGAGCUAGUGGAGACUGCUCCGAGGCUGGAGAACUUGCAAGCCCUCGUAAGCCGGCGACCUUUCAAGGAUGAUGAGAAUCUGGGAGAGGAAGAAGCAGAAGACGGGGAAUUGUACACCUGGGACGAGCUUUCAGCUCGUACGCAAGCCAGUGACCACCAACUACGAGACGCGUUGAGAAAAUUAGAAGCCGCGGAGAUCGGUAGGUUCUGGCGUGUUGUGGACCCUGAUUACAUGCACAAUCUUCUGGGAAUUCUUCUGAGUGCGGCGGUGCAAAACGACUGGUCUUUGAAAGCACUCCAAGGCUCCGAAGUCAUCAGAAGCCUGGAAGCCCACUUCCCAGCCCCGGUGGUCAUCACUUGCCUGGACAAAUUCGGAGUCCGAGCCGGCCCUUCUCCCAAGAAUCCAGUUCAAGGACAGGAAAGCUGCGGGAGCGGAGCGGCUGAUCUCUGGGCACUAGACGAUGAGAAGAUUUGUAUACACUAUGCCAAGCUUUUGCUGAGGGACAAAACCAAGUGGAAGCUGGAGGAUUUCUUGGAAGAGUGGGCAAUGAUUACUCCUUCGUGGAUGUCUGUAGACCUCAAUAUGCUCAGAGGCGAGGCUUUGGUGGAGAAAGUUGGGCUAGAAUCAUGGCUUCAUCAGUUCAGUUGUUCGCUUCUGCCAUGUCGACCGGAUGCUCGCUUCACAGCCCUGUUCAGCCGAAGGUCCAAGUGGGAGUGGGAGGAUCUGGAGCCGUAUCUGAAAGAUCUGAGAGUGCCAGGCCAAUCUGUGGAAGCCAUGUUGUUAAAGUACACGAGGAAGAGUCAACCGACGCCGACUUCGACGCCUGUGUACACGGCUCGUUAGCAAACUGCUUGUACAGUGGCCGAAACUCUGGACAAAGAGGACACAUUUCUCGCUGUAAGCUUCCAGAGGCUGAUUGAGUUCACCCCGGACAUCCCACAAUUGUCGCAGAUUGGAUUGAAAUUUCACAUGCACAUUAGAUUUUCAUGGAAAACUCCACCACCGUCUAUAGAGGGUGUGUUCACUGUCCUGCACGCUCUGGGAUUGGCCAACCAUUGUGCGGUUGGGUGGCCUUUCAUGACCAUUCUUAUCAGUGUGCUUCACAAGCUCGCGUAGUGUGACAAGUUGGCUCUUUUCUAGAGCUUCGAGGAAGUAUUUCAGCCACUUCAGCUGCAAUUGUAAAAUAGAAAGUUCUCAAGCUAGUUGAAGAAUGUUGUUAAGCAGUCAACCUCUUGUCAUGAAACACUACACAGGAUCUCAAAUCCUACCAUCCUGACUGGACAACAGAGAUGUAUCGCGUUUCGACCUGAAGCCUCGAUCGAUCAAUCGAUGUAGAGUAACGGCCUCUCAUAUGCAGGUUGUGUUAUUCGAGUGCUCUAGACCUGAGGUUGUGACGAACACUUGAUUCUUUCAAACGUAUGCGCUCAUACUCAGUCAUGAACGAAUUACCUGUCAAAUUGACUAUGGCUGCCACAACCCUGCCAACUCUGCUGCAAGUAAUCACAUAAAUCCGUGAAUAUUUCUCCCGCCAAAUUAAUU